CUAAAUCAAGCACUCCCAUCCUUCCCUUCCUCCCCAGUCCCAGACCCCGACGGACGAACCAAAUGCUUCUGACUCUUAUUCAAAUAAGUCCUCUCGUAAAGCACAUAAGACGUAUACAACGCAAUCGGCAACGCCACGAUAGUGGAAAGCCAUCGUCUGGCAGCAAUUUUAUAUUCCUUCGUUUGCCGAAUAUCCCGGACAGCUUGUGGACUUUGGGGUCCUCGCCGGGGUGGAUGAGGUGGACGUUGAAGGGAUUGCGGGUUGACAAUUACGCGGGGUUGUUGGUUAGACAUUUUGUUUUUAUUCUUAUUAUCUUUUUUUCCCUCUCUGUCUCUCUGUACGAUAGUAUUGGGCUCGGGAUGGUAUGUUAAAGUACUUAUUCGAAGGGAUGUGGUUUGAUUGAAU